AUGGAGAGAGGCGUUGCCUCCAUUGAAACGCAGAGAACCCAAAACCCUGGACCCAAUGAAGAGAAGCCGAAGGUGGUGGUGAUAAUGGGACCCACAGGCUCAGGGAAGUCCAAGCUGGCCAUUGAUUUGGCAUCCCACUUCCCCAUCGAGGUCAUCAACGCUGAUUCCAUGCAGGUCUACAAUCGUCUGGAUGUUCUCACCAACAAGGUUCCACUGCAUGAACAAAAAGGAGUGCCUCAUCAUCUUCUUGGGACUGUAAGCCCAAACGUGGAGUUCACAGCUAAAGAUUUCAGGGACUUUUCCAUUCCUCUUAUCAAUGACAUCUUGUCUCGCAACUGCUUGCCAGUCAUAGUUGGGGGCACAAAUUACUAUAUCCAGGCUCUUGUUAGUCCAUUCCUUCUAGAUGACACAGUAGAAGAUAUGGAUGAAAGCUUUAUAGGUGAUCAACCAGGAGAUGGACAACCACAGGCUGACCUGGUUGCUGAAGUAGACAGUUCCAGUUAUAAUUAUGACCAUCUUAAGGGCAUUGAUCCAAUUGCAGCAAACAGAAUCCAUCCAAAUAACCAUAGAAAAAUUAGUCAGUACCUUAGUCUGUAUGCUCAUCAUGGUGUUCUCCCUAGCCAACUUCUUCAGGGAAAGGCUGCUGAAAACUGGGGUCGAGUUGAUAAUUUCAGAUACAAUUGCUGUUUUAUAUGCGUGGAUGCUGCUCUCCCUGUGCUGGACCAAUUUGUGGAACAAAGAGUAGAUUGCAUGAUUGAUGCUGGUUUGCUUAAUGAAGUCUAUGAAAUUUUCACUCGGAAUGCAGAUUAUACUCGAGGUCUGCGGCAGGCCAUUGGGGUUCGGGAGUUUGAAAUUUUUUUGAGAGCUUACGUUACUGAAGCCAAUGAUGAAGCACAUAAUUUGAUAGAUGAGCCAAUGUCCUUGAAGUCAGUAGACCUGCCUGAUAAGAUACUGAAGGAGAACAUGAGGGUAAUCCUUAAGUCCUUCAGUGACAGCCAACCCAAAAUUGCAUUAAACGAAGCUAUUGAUAAAAUGAAAAUGAACACCCGAAGACUAGUUCGUCGUCAGAAACGAAGGAUAAACCGACUGGAGGCGUUGUUUGGAUGGAACAUACAUUUCCUUGAUGCAACGAAAUUCAUAUUAUGCAAAUCAGAUGAUACAUGGGCUGCAGAAGCGGUUGUACCUGCAGUGGAAAUGAUAAGAUCUUUCCUUAAUCAGGAUGCGAGUUUGGUGCCUGAUUUGGAUACAUCAAACAGCAGUGGGAUGAAUGUGAUUCAGAGGGACUUAUGGACUCAGCAUACAUGCAAGGCUUGUGGUGACAAGAUCCUCAGGGGAGCACACGAGUGGGAACAACACAAGCAAGGUCGUGGCCAUCGCAAACGAAUGUCUCGGCUUAAAAAAUCUCAAGGAUUUUUCUCAAUGGAGCAGCAGCAGCUGCCUCAACAUAGAGGCAGUAGUUAG